AUGGCGUCGGUCGACUUUGCGCGGCUGCGCAACCAGACGAUGGCCGAUGGCCAGGAUUCUGAAGUUACCGUGAAUACAAGGGCGCUCAUAGACAAAGUGCUGGCUCGUUACUCUAGCGAACACACAACUUUACGAGAGUUGAUUCAGAAUGCUUCUGACGCCGGCGCGAGCACUGUCGUCAUCAAAUUCGAGACCGACCCAUCUCUCGAAGUUCCUACGCCACAAGGCUCAGACAAGUCAAUAUUGCUGAAGCACAUCAUCCAACAACACACUUUAAAACGACUCAUUGUAUCUAACAAUGGACAGCCAUUCACAGCUGCAGAUUGGAGUCGUCUCAAAAGCAUCGCAGAUGGAAACCCCGACGAGACGAAGAUUGGUGCAUUUGGUGUCGGAUUUUACAGUGUAUUUGCUGACUGCGAUGAACCUUUUGUGGUUUCUGGGGACAAGACUAUGGCAUUCUACUGGAAGGGCAACACAUUGUCUACGAAAGUGGCGACUGUCCCGCAGGAACACCGGACAAAUAAUACGACGUUCUCACUCGACUAUCGGCAAGCUGAUCUAUCCUCUCCAUCGUAUAACCCCGCGAAGGUUCCAAAUUUGCCAACACUAUGUCAAUUCCUGGCCACAAGUCUAACCUUCGUGGGUCUGCAGUCUCUCGAGCUUCACGUCGACAGUCACAAGGUUGCAUCAUUUUUCAAGAAAACGUCUCCAGCUGCGGAUUUGCAAGUUCCGAGAGGGUUAAGGACAGACACAGAAGGAGGGUUCAUGCGCGUCGCGCAGGUGACUCAACAGCAUUCUCAAAUAGAUGCGGAGUGGAGCAAUGUCAUUGCGUCAGCCCAGAACCCACCCAAGCGGGCUGCUGAGUUGGUUCAAACCGAGGUGCGAAAUGCUGGUACGGCUUUGAAAAGCUUUUUCUCCAAGUUCUCAGCGCCAGCACCGAAAGCAAGCAAAUCUCAGCCCAUAGUGAAGGCACCGGAUACAUUCUCAACCGAGACCCACGACAUAGCUGGAGAAUCUACUGGUGUCAUUUUCCUCCAAGUUUGCACUGUUGAGGUCGAUACCCGUGUAUCAAAGAGCUUUGCGGCUGAGAUCGAACGUGCUACGAAGAAACCACCACCUCGCAAAACACGGAUUGCUAUUCUGACUUCACCAUAUCAGGAUCCGACUGUUCCUCUAUCAACAGGCACCGGGAAUACAGCAGAACUCGCCGCAAAACUAUUCUCGGAAGUUUUACCUACGAAGACAGGGAGAAUCUUUAUUGGUUUUCCUACUGCACAGACAACUGGAGUCCUUGCGCAUGUUUCCGCACCUUCACUCAUCCCCACGGUGGAGCGUGAAAACGUCGACUUAAAUGCGCGGUACAUAUCCCAGUGGAACAUUGAGUUACUACGUGUGGCUGGUCUGGCAUGCCGCAUCUUGUACGCCUCGGAUAUGGCCGACAUCCAGAAACGACAUGGGAAAGAGCCCAUGGACAGCUUGAUUCAGCGAGUUAUUUAUGUGUUCCAGCAGUUUACCUCAAACGCUUCGCACCCUUCGACCUUGCUAGGGGAAAAGAUCGAGGAGGCCUUCUGGAACUCUUCUCAGGAGCGCUCUAUCGAGAUGCUUUCGACAAAGGGCAUUAUGGCAAGCAAGCUAGUACGAAUGCCUGCGGAGACUCUAAGCUUUCUAGGAGAGGUGCCUAUGGUACCCCAGGACCUAGCUACGAGAGCCUACACGUUCAUGGUGGCCCUACAUCGCCGCGGUUUCAUAUCUGAGUUGACCAUGGGUGAUAUCCGGAAAGGACUUGAGAGUCGGGCUUUGACAGAAGAUGAGCUGGCAGAGUUCCUCAAGUGGUCCGGAGCGAAACUAGAAAGCGGAGAAAUCGAUGGUUCUGGCAUUCGUAGCCUCUUCGAGAUUACGGUGGCAAACAUCGAGACCAGUGCCGACGAACAGACAGGGAGAAUACUUGCAUUAGGCGACGUGAGCACGUAUGUUAACACAGCAAGAAUCAGUCCAACGCUUCCUGUACCUUCGGAUACCAUUCCCUUCAGCUAUUCGAAAUCGAUUCCAGCUAAGCAACUACAAAUGUUCGGAUGGAUCGAGUUGUCGAUGGUACGCUGGCUGCGACACAUGACCACUGCACCACAGCUUCAAGAGUUCCAAUCAUCCGAAAAGAUUGCUUCUCAAGUGCUCAGCCUCACGGCAAAAUGCUGGGAACAGCUUGACGGAUCCUCGAAGGAGGCUGUUGUUCAUAUCCUGACUCCUCAUCCCAUCAUGCCCACCAAGACGGGCAUGCGCAAACCAGAAGAGUCGUACUUUCCUACUGUCAAACUAUUUGACGACCUCCCUACAGUCAAAGCUUUUCCAGGUUCGAAGGAGAAGUUCCUCGUUGCUCUGGGUGUGAGGAAGACGGUUGAGUUAUCAGUGGUUUUCGAUCGCAUGCGGAACCAAGACUCGAAAUCACAGUCAGAGAAAGCUACAUGGAAUCAUGUCGAUCUUAUCCGAUACUUUGCUUCGGUCUUAGAUGAGAUGCCCAACAAAGACCUUGAUCGAUUGAAAGAUACGCCGUUCUUGCCCGGAGAAGGAGCCCCGGUGCAACAUGGCCAGCUAUUCAAGGCGUCGGAUCUGUACGCACCGGAUCAGGCUAUAUUAUCUAUGGGACUUGUCCAAGUGAAGCUUCCAUUUGAGUUUAAACAGAGCGUUCGCGAAGGCACACUGUUGUUAAGACUGGGGUUGAAGCAGUGGCCAGACUCGAUUGUCCUUGCGAAUAUUAUGCACAAGGCUGGGCAGGCGAAUAAUGGGCCGCUUUACGCCACUGUCCUAAAUUACUUCAUCCAAAAUCACUAUAAGCACGGCUAUGCUUCCGAGGCAAAGAAACUCGCAUCCCUUUCUCUGCCCAUUCUACCGACGGAACAAGCCCCUUGGCCGACGCUAGUAGGGCCAUUCCAGUGCUACACGAAUGAGCGAGCUUCUUGCUUGGGGUACGCCAUCCUGAGAGCCGAUAUUCGACCGCAUGCCGAGAAGUUCGGUGUGCAACACAACCCGGACAUUCAAGACUGUCUUCAACGUCUGAUCAAGUCCCCGCCGAAGACUAAGCUUGACGCUGAGAUGCAGUUUGCCUACUUUGCUAGCAGACUAGGAGAGCUGGAUCAGCGGCGACAAAUGUUGACCAGCAUCUCUACGGCACAUAUCGUUCCGGUGUUCCGCAAGUACUAUCUCGACGCAGCCUCUGCCGGCUUCGAAGAUCGGUCGAGACCGCAAUCGGGGAAGACUGAAAUGCGUCUCCAUCACCACGAUCCUCCAGAGACGGUCUUCGUCGGUCAAGAUCAAGAGUAUCGGGGCAUCUUAGAUUAUGUUCAGUACGGAGCCGAAGCUACGAACUUUCUCCUGAAAGCUGGGGCAAAGCAUGAGCCUAGCAGCCAUGACCUCGCCUAUCUCACCUGCAAAAACCCUGUCCGUUUCCUAAACACGAUUGGGCAAGAACGAUACCUCGAUCUUCUUCGCAAGUUGGCUGUACAAGCUGACAAUCUAUGGAAAGACAAAGACCUCGCGAAAACAUUGGUGGCCUCCCGCAUCCUGCUAGGGUACCGAGAUAUCAAAGAUGAGAAAAAGAGUCUUGCUGCCGCUCAAGAAGAUAACCUAGACGAUCUUGAUGAGCCUGGUGUAUCACGCGAGUGGUCCUUGAACAGCGCCAGUGAAGUCGUCAUCAUCGACGAUGUGGGCUUCUACUUCAGAUUCCGCGACUAUGUUAUUGCAGCACCCCAGGAAGAAGCACUCGAAGAAUUCUACGCUAGGUUUGGGGUCAAGAAAAUCUCGGAACAGGUAAAGGAGGAGCAGCGCAUUGGGAACUUGACACGCGAUCAGAGUGUGGCCCAUCGUCUGCGCAGCGAUAUUCUAGAGCGAAGUAGGCUCUUCCUCCACGAGUAUGAGCGAGACGCCUCGUCGAAGAGCAUACGGCACGAUACAAAAUGGCUCGGCUCGAACAUGAAGGUGGAAUGCGUGUCUGAUAUCUCGAUUCGCUACUCACUGUCAGAUCGAGCAGCCACUUCUCAUCGACGGACCGCGUACCUUAGUCGGAAACGUGGUGUGGGAACAAUCUUAUAUGUCACCCCAACAUACGAUGUUUACGAGGUCAGCAGCCAGCUAGUUCGUCUUCUCAUUAAGAAACCGAAGCAGAACGAUGCCAUUGCCCUGGAGCGAAUCCUUACAGAGCCACUCCGUCGCCUGCAAGAGAAAGGCAUCAACGUCGAGCGCAUCUUACGGAAGAAAGAGCACGAAGCUCGUAUUGCAAGGCAGCAGGAGCUGGAGCGUGAAUUCGAGGAGCAGCAACAUGCUGCUGAGCAAGCCAAGCAAGGCGCCGCAGGGAUGCCUCCUUGUCUGCCAGGUCUAGGUCAACCUCUACCAGGUCUAGGUCAAACACCAGCAAUACCAGCAACACCAGCAACCCCCGAGAAACCAAAGGAGAAAGAGAUGCCCGGGUCCUUCGGCAGCCCCGAUAACGACGAUCUAACCGUAGGCGACCACGCGCACGACAACACCCUGCGCCCCCCAGAAAAGAGCGUCUUCAACCAAUGGGCCAAGAAACUCGGCUUCAACAACAGGCCCUCCGCCCCCACCGACGUCGGCCAAAUCACAAAGGAAAACAACCAAGUCACCAAAAACAACAUCCAAAACGCCAUCAAAGACUGCCGCCCCAUCAACCAGCAAAACAUCAACUCGAAACACCACCAAGAUCCCCCCACCGAGCUCGACAAAGGCGCCUACUGCACAGACGACCAAUGGGAGAACCUCCACAAAGCGUUCUCCAUCCCCUACUCCGGCCGCCACGUCGACAUCUUCUACGGAAAAGACCACUACGAGAGCCUGUCCGACAUCCAGCCCGAGCUCGCGCUCUUCCUCCCCCUCAUCUUCAGCCUCGCCUCUCUCUUCGGCGCGAACCCCGCCGCAGUCAGCAUCUUCCUCGACAAGCAGUCCCGCACCAUCGCAUUCAAUCAGAACCGCGCGCUGUUUUUCAACCUCGGGUGGUUCAUGCAGAUGCAUAGCGCCGAGUAUGGCACGCCCGCGGGGAGGGCGCGCGCCCUGGAUAGCUGGUUUUUGACCUUCUGUCAUGAGUUGGCGCAUAAUCUUGUAGCGGAUCAUAAUGCGAGGUUUAUUUGGUAUCAGAGUCAGAUUGCGAUUGAGUAUAGUCAGGCGUAUAGGGGGGUGUUGGAGAGGUUUGUGAGGGAUGUGAAGGGGGAGUAG